GUUUUUUUAUUUAAUUCAACCGACGUUCCGUUCCCGGUCACGAUAUAUAUCCCCAUCCGCUGUCUGUACCAUCUGUCGAUACCCGGACCCGGACGAUACAUAUAGAAGAAGAACACGACGAGAAGAUACCCAGACGAAGAUCCACUCUCUCAGAUCUAAUCAGACCACCAAGAUGCCUUCCAUCACGAAGACCGUAGGAGUUGUUGUCGGACUGGCGGCCGUGGCCUCCGCCCUGCCGGCCCUACCGAAGCUGACGCCGAAACAAACCCACAUCUACAACCUGGCCAAGCGCCAAAACGCGGCGGCCGCCGCUCUCGGUCUCGCGGAUGUUGAUAUCCUGCAAUUUGCGCUGACGCUCGAGUGGCUCGAGGCGACCUUCUACCAGCAGGGCUUCGCGCUGUUCGGCGACGACCAGUUCCGCGCGCUCGGGCUCAACGACGUGCAGCUGGCAGACCUGAAGGGCAUCGGGUCGAGCGAGCUGACGCACGUGGGGCUGCUGCAGAGUGCGAUCGCGCAGGCGGGCGUGCAGCCGGUGCAGCCGUGCGAGUACAACUUCGGGUUCACCGACGCGGCGGGCAUGGUGGCGACGGCGGCGAUCCUCGAGAGCGUCGGCGUGUCGGCGUACCUGGGCGCGGCGCCGCUGGUGUCGGACGGCGGGAUCCUGGGCACGGCGGGGUCGAUCCUGACGGUGGAGGCGCGGCACCAGUCGUUCAUCCGCGUCGCGACGGGCGCGGCCGCGUCGCCGUCGCCGUUCGACACGCCGCUGGGGCCCAAGGCCAUCUUCUCGCUCGCCGCGCCCUUCAUCACGUCGUGCCCGGCCGGGUCGAACCUCGUGCUGACGGCGUUCCCGACGCUGGCGCUCGUCAGCCCCGCGCCCGCCGCCGGCGUGUCCGCGCUCGCCGCCGGCACCGUCCUCCAGUUCCAGAGCGACGCCGCCGCCGGCGCCACCCACUGCGGCUUCACCAACUCGGCCGCGACCGGCGGCACCGCCUUCGCACCUUUUGAUGCUGCCGCCGGCACCUGCGCCCUCCCCCACAACCUCGCCGGCACCGUCUACGUCACCCUCACCAGCGCCGCGCCCAUCACCGGCGUCCUGACCGACGACAUCACCGUGGCCGGGCCCACGGUCCUGAACCUCAGCUAGAUUACCCAAACGGAAACACAAAAAAAAGCCAUGAGAAAAAAGAUAUAUAUACCUGUUACGUUCGGUAAAAAGCAAGGAGGGGCGUUCUUAUCAGAGGGCGAGGCUUUAUAUUAAGCGGCGGGCAUGGAGGGGAGCAU